AUGGAAUUUGGUGAGAUUGAAUGUAAUGAGAUGCGACAACAACAAACAUCAAGACUUCCAGCACCUAGCUCUAGAAAAGGAAAACAACUCAAGGGAUUACAAUCUGUUUUUUCACCGGCAGCAACACCUGGAGCUCAACCAACUAUCAAAAGUGUUCUCCAAAGCAAAGAAAUUGUGGAGAAGUGUGAUAUUGCUAUUGCAAGAUGGAUGAUAGAUGCCUCUGUGCCAUUCAAUGCAGUUAAUUCAGUUUAUUAUAUGCCGAUGAUCGAUGCUAUUGCAAACAUGGGUGCAGGGUAUAAAGGGCCAAAUUAUGAAAGAGUAUAUGGAUAUUUGUUGAGAAAAUUGGUUGAAGAUGUAAAGAAGAUGAUUGAAGAUUAUUGUUCAGUUGAUGCUUCUCAUAUCUCGAAAACUGCUGAUGCUUUGUUUAAUUUGCUUAGGGAUGUUGUGUUAUUUGUUGGCUCUGAGAAUGUUGUAUAUGUAGUGAUGGAUAAUGCUGUAAAUUACGUUGCUGCUGGAAGGUUAUUGGAAUCCAAGUUUUCUAGAUUGUAUUGGUCUCCUUGUGCAGUACAUUGUGUUAAUCUGAUGUUGCAGGAUAUUGAAAAGUUAGAGAAAGUGAGUGAAACUGUGUCACAAGUUUCAAUGAUUACAAAGUAUAUCUAUAAUCAUUGCCAUCCUUUGUACUUGAUGAGAAAGUUCACAAGCAGACGAGAAAUACUUCGCCCAGCUCUAACUCGAUUUGCCACUAAUUUUAUUGCUUUGCAAAGUAUUUUGGCUCAAAAGGAUGCAUUGAGAGCUAUGGUGACAUCUAGAGAAUGGACAAGCUCAGCUUACUGUAAAGAAGCCAAAGCCAAAAAGUUUGUGGAUUAA